AUGCGGGAACUCCAUAUUUAUGAUGGUGUUCACGCUCUUUUUGCCAAUAUUGGUUGGGAGCGCCUAUUAUCUGCGGACUUUGCCACUUGUCCCUUAGUGACCCGAGAGUUUUUAGCUACCUUGAUUGAGAUUGAGACUACGAACGCCAGAAAAGCUAAGCUUUUUCUUUUGUGGUGCAUGAUUAUCGGUUCACACUGCCCGUAUUUUGGUGAUAUUAUCAUUAAAUGGUUUCAUAGAGUUAUCGGCAUUCGCAAUUGCGGUGCCAUUCGCUAUGGUGGUCUAAUUACUGUCAUUGCUCGCUCCCUCACGGAGCAAUCUCCUCCCGGGUACACUUUCUUUUCGGCUGAUUCCUUCCGUUUGACCCUGCAGACCCUUCGGGUUAUGGACAUGCUUCGUACUACCCCGGGUGGGUAUGUUUGUAUGCGGGGUCGCUCCACUUAUUUCAAGGUCAUUGGCCCUGAUGUCAUCGACCUAGCAGACCCCAUUAGCAACACUAUGCAGGUUCUCCCAUCGAACAUCCCACCACCUCCUCGCCCACGCAGGGCACAACAAGAUAUGGCUUCUCUUCAGCAGACUAUGACUGGUCUCCGCUUAGAUUAUCAGCUUUAUAGCUCUCAGGUUACAGAUUAUCGUGAUGAGCUCUUAGGUUUGCGUGACGAUUUCGACACUUUCCGCGACGAUUUCUUCCGUCGCUAUGCACCCCCUUCCAACUAG